GAUUUUAUCUAGUCAUCUUAAUUUGCCCCAUUUUUUUUCGGACAACCAAUCCAAAUGCCCGAACUUCCAAAGAUCUUUUGCCAUUAACACGAUCCCGUGAUUCUGGAUUGAUUUCUUCUCACCACGUGGGAAUAAAUUUUAUUCAAGGAAAAUGAAUCUUUUCAGUAUAUCCAAACACUCAGCAUCGGGCCAAUUCAUGUCUGCUUUUCUUCAAUUUUCUCACUGAAUCACAUCCCAUUCCCAAGUCCACCCAUCUCCAUGGCUGCACAUCCACUGUCUCUGCUGCUGAUUCUGUUACUGGGUGUUCUUCUUCCAUGUGGGGAUUCCAAGUUCAUUGCCUACAACACGUCCCAUGGCGUUGUUCCAGGGAAGCUCAACGUCCAUCUGGUUCCUCACAGCCACGAUGAUGUGGGAUGGUUGAAGACUAUUGAUCAGUACUACGUUGGCUCCAACAACUCCAUCCAAGGGGCCUGUGUGGAGAAUGUGCUUGAUUCUCUCGUCACUGCCUUGCUCUCUAACCCCGACCGCAAAUUCAUCUACGUUGAGCAGGCGUUUUUCCAGCGGUGGUGGGGAGACCAGAGCGAGAUAAUCCAGGGUCUGGUUAGAAAGUUUAUCAGCUCUGGUCAGCUAGAGCUCAUAAAUGGGGGUAUGUGUAUGCAUGAUGAGGCCACCUCGCAUUACAUCGACAUGAUCGAUCAGACAACUCUUGGGCACCGGUUUAUCAAGAAUGAAUUCAAUCUCACCCCCAGAAUUGGCUGGCAAAUCGACCCCUUUGGCCAUUCUGCAGUUCAGGCCUACCUGUUGGGGGCAGAGGUUGGGUUUGACUCCAUUUUCUUUGCACGAAUCGACUACCAAGAUCGAGCUAAGCGAAAGGAUGAGAAGAGCCUCGAGGUUAUCUGGCAGGGGUCCAGGACUUUUGGCUCCUCCUCACAGAUUUUUGCUGGUGCAUUCCCGGAGAAUUACGAACCACCCCCUGGUGGUUUCUACUAUGAAGUUAAUGAUGAUUCCCCUAUUGUCCAGGACAACAUCAAGUUGUUUGACUACAAUGUCCCUGAUCGAGUUAACGCUUUUGUAGAAGCUGCAAUAGCACAAGCUAACAUAACUCGCACAAAUCAUAUAAUGUGGACAAUGGGGACAGACUUCAAGUAUCAAUAUGCAAAUUCAUGGUUCCGGCAGAUGGACAAACUUAUUCAUUAUGUCAAUCUAGAUGGGCGUGUCAACGCCUUGUACUCGACUCCGUCGAUUUACACUGAUGCAAAGCAUGCAGCAAGUGAGUCAUGGCCACUCAAAACCGACGACUACUUCCCAUAUGCAGACCGUAUCAAUGCCUACUGGACAGGAUAUUUUACAAGUAGAGCAGGCUUAAAAGGCUAUGUUAGGAUGAUGAGCAGUUACUAUUUGGCAGCAAGGCAAUUGGAAUUCUUUAAAGGGAGAAAUGAAUCAGGGCCGACUACAGACUCUUUGGCUGAUGCUUUGGCGAUUGUUCAGCAUCAUGAUGCAGUUACUGGUACGGAGAAGCAGCAUGUGUCUGAUGAUUAUGCAAAACGGCUGUCCAUAGGAUACAAGGAGGCUGAGGAAGUAGUUGCAGCUUCAAUCUCUUGCAUCACAGGGUCAGGUUGUGGAAGUUCAAUAACGAAGUUUGAACAGUGCCCACUUCUGAAUAUAAGUUACUGUCCUCCAUCAGAAAUUGAUCUGUCCCAAGGGAAAAACCUGGUUGUCGUAGUCUACAAUUCUCUGGGAUGGAAAAGAGAGGAUGUAGUAAGAAUUCCUGUUCUCAGUGAGAAUGUUGUUGUUCGGGAUUCCAGUGGAAAAGAAAUUGAGUCACAGAUUCUACCUUUAGCUAAUGCCUAUGUGGGCAUAAGAAACUAUUAUGUCAUGGCACAUUUGGGUAAAAUUCCAGCUGUGACUCCUCAGUAUUGGCUUGCAUUUUCAGCAUCUGUACCGCCUCUUGGUCUCAGCACUUACUUCAUCUCAAAAGCCAAUCGAAAAGCUUCCACCUCAAUGCAAACAUUGUUCAAGGCAACCGGGUCUGCAACUGAUACAAUAGCAGUUGGGCCGGGAAAUCUGAAACUUAUUUAUUCUGAGAAUGAAGGAAAACUUGUUGGCUACAUUAACACCAGAAGCAGGAUCAAUGCAUCUAUGGAACAAUCAUAUAGGUAUUAUACUGGAAAUGAUGGAAGUGCAGACAAAAAAGUAAUUCCUCAGGCCUCUGGAGCUUAUGUCUUUCGGCCAAAUGGUUCAUACCCCAUUAAAUCUGAAGAACAGGGUGCUUUUACUGUUUUGCGUGGACCGGUAUUGGAUGAAGUACAUCAAAGAAUCAAUUCAUGGAUAUCUCAGAUCACCAGAGUAUACAAGGGAAAAGAGCAUGCUGAAGUUGAGUUUACAAUCGGGCCGAUACCUAUUGAUGAUGGGCAGGGCAAAGAAGUUGUAGCUGAUAUCACAACCGCCAUGAAGAGCAACAAAACAUUUUAUACAGAUUCCAGCGGGCGGGAUUUCAUUGAGAGGAUUCGAGAUUAUAGAAAGGACUGGCACCUGGAAGUGAACCAACCUGUGGCAGGAAAUUACUACCCACUUAAUCUUGGGAUUUUUAUGAAAGACGACAGCACAGAGCUCUCAAUGUUGGUUGACCGAGCUGUGGGAGGAUCCAGCAUUGUGGAUGGCCAACUGGAGCUCAUGCUCCACCGGAGGUUGGUUCAUGAUGACUCUAGAGGUGUUGCAGAGGCACUAAACGAAACUGUUUGUGCAUUUGAUAAAUGCGCAGGAUUGACUGUCCAAGGAAAGUUUUUCCUAAGAAUUGAUCCAUUGGGAGAGGGUGCUAAAUGGCGUCGGUCAUUUGGGCAGGAGAUAUACUCUCCUUUCCUCUUAGCCUUCACUGAGCAGGAUGGAAAGGAAUGGACAAGCCCACGUGUGUCCACCUUCUCAGGGUUGGAUCCCUCCUACAGUUUACCUGAUAAUGUUGCAAUGAUAACCCUUCAGGAGCUGGAAGAUGGGAAAGUUCUGCUUCGUUUGGCUCACCUCUACGAGGUUGGUGAGGACAAGGAUCUCUCAGUUAUGGCAAGUGUGGAACUGAAAAAACUCUUCCCAAAUAAGAAGAUAAGUAGUGCAGAGGAGAUGUCCCUAUCUGCCAAUCAAGGAAGAGCCGAGAUGGAGAAGAAAAGACUGGUGUGGAAAGCAGAAGGCUCUCCCCAAGGAGCCAAGGCGGCAAGGGGAGGAGCUGUUGAUCCAGCAGGGCUGGUGGUGGAACUCGGCCCUAUGGAAAUUCGUACCUUUGUUAUCAGCUUCCUUUAACUUCCGAUCUCUGACAGCCAGCUACCCGCCUACAUGAAUAAAAACCUUGUUUCUCAUAAUAAAAUGCCAGAAAGCUUCUCUCGCAGUCUGCUCAAAAUAAAGAUCAUCAGAAUUCGGGCACAUCAUCCCACCAACUUGGAUUUUCAAUUCAUGAGAUACCAUUUUUUGACUUGAUUCUUAGUUUUUCACUCUGUGGUACAUGACUUUGCAAUGUUUUUGUAUGGUCAAGCUACAUGCCUACAAGAAGUUCAUUACUAGUCA